AUGAUAACAAGGGAUUUUGCUGCUUGGCCGUCGUCGACAGCGUCGCCACUCAAGUGCCUCGCCUGGGGUGCCGUCGAGACGGGUGAGGUGGUGGCAGUGGGUCGAGAGUUCCGCCGCAUCUCCUGCCAGGCGAGCACGUCAGGGGGUGCGGCGGCGCACUUGUCCGUAGGAGGGGUCUGCAAGGACGUAGUUGCCAACGGCCAGGCUGUCCACGGUCUCAGGAACGCGACGCGUCGCCAAACUUUCCUCGUCACGCACCUGCAGGAGCUCUUCUUCGCACCGAUCCCACGCUUCAGCGACGUGCUGACGUGCAGCGAAGCGGGCUUGUUCAACAAGCACGACGUCGAGAAGCUAAUGCUGCCCGGCGCAUCGUGCUCGUGGCUAUGCUGUGCGUCGCUGGCGAUCAGCUACGUGUCGGGGGUGCCGACGCCGGUGGAGAAGGUGCUGCGUGCCAACCGCAUGGGUGUACACUACAUCUCAUUCCCUACCAUCACGCUGGCGGAGCUCUUCGACGUUGUGAACGACUACAUCCACACGUGCUACCACCGCACCUCCGUGCACAAUGGCAACUGCACAGAGGACGAGUUCGAGGACGACGAGGAGGCGGCGCAGUACCUGAGCGAGGACGAGCAGAAGGAGCUGGCGAACAUACACUGUGAAAUGGCCAUCUUCGACAAUGACGUACUAGACCCUGAGUUCGGCGAGGACAUCCAUGGCAUGGGCGAGCACCCGCCCAUCACGAGCAUGGCGCAGUUCCGAAAGGAGCUGCUGCUGCACCUCGAAGAGGAGAAGUCGAUGUAUAUUUUCAACUACAACCCAUAUGUGUUGGAGCAGUCCCAGCUGCGGCUGCGCAGCAAUCACUGCGACACCGAGGAGGAGGCGGCCAUGAUCAUGUCGACCGCCCGCUUCCCUGCGAACACAACUGGCUUGUUUGGCAUUCUGUUGAGCUUUGACUCCAUGAAGCAUGAGGUGAAGGUACUGACGCCGUACCUCUCGGCGGAGCAGCACUCGCUGCCCUUCAAUGACGGCGAGGAGGGCCAUGUGCGCCAUUUCGCCAGCACCUUCGCGAACUUCGUGAUGGAGGAGCAGGUGGUGAGCCUGCAGGCGUUCUACGAGUCAGUCCAUCAGGUGGACAGCUACUUGCACCUCUCGCGCGGUUUCGUGCGUGUCUUCAAGAGCAAGUCUUUUACGCCAAAAGUGCCGUCCAUAUUCCCGCUCUUUGUGCUGGACGGCAGCAGCGCCGGUGGCCUCACGAUGGGCGUGCUGAACGUGACGAUUGCGCCGCAUGUGCUGGGCCUCGCCAUGCUGCACCACCUUUCGGUCACCUUCCUUCUGACGGACUCGGCGCGUCGCAAACAGAGUAGCCGCAACCUUCUUAGCAAGGCGAACGUGUGCGACGUCAAACUGCGUGGUAUUCCACUGACGAAGGUUUGCCAGCAGCUGCGACUGCCGCUUUCUAUGAUCGUGUGUGAAAGUAACAGAAGCUCCAUCGAGGCGGCAUAUGUGUGGUAUCACCUCUUCCUCCAGCAGCUGCAGAUCAACCAGGACGUGCGCAUCGGCCUCAUCUUACCCUCUCGCCGCGACGGCGCCGCGGAUGGGCAGCCCAACAUUACCGAUAGUGAGUUUCUCAACCAUCUGCACUUGAUAGUGCAGUCGCAGAGCGUGAUGCUUAUCAGCUUCAACAUCAACAUUGCCCUGAACCUACGUAUCGAUGCCAGGUGCGAGCCGGCGCACUUUGCGAUUGUCAUCGGGGUGGAUGGAGAGCGCGGCAUUGUGCGGCUGGCUGACGUGAACACGAAGCGCUUCCGCAAGACGUGGCACAUACCGGCCUCACGCCUGUACAACGCCGUCAUGGGAUACGGCUAUAUCGUCGCAUCCAAGGACAAGAAGGUGAUCAAGUCCCUAAACGGGAAGCAGUUUCAUGAGGAUGCGCUGCAGUGCGCCCGCAACUUUCUGCCCCCGUCAACUCCGGCGGUGCACCAGCGCUUCGAGUACCCGUCCUGCCCGUACCCGGUGACCGUUCUGGCCGACGCAGUCGAACGACUGGGCUUCGCGGGAACCAACGUGGAGCGCUUCCUCAACUUCUGCGGCUUCCACAUUUCUUACUUUUUGUCUCACGAUAUGCCGCUCGAAGGGGCGGCGUUUGCGAUUCAGAACUACUCCCACUACGCCCUCGAUGACGCCGUGAGCGUGACGACGAUGCACUACGACUUCUGUGAAGAGAACCCCCCGCCUAAGGAGGAGGGUGCCGAGGUGGGCGUGACCCCCACCUACCCGGUGCGGUCGGAGGCGGACUUCCUGCAAGCCAUCCAGUAUGCCAUUGCCGAUCCUGCCAAGCGAAAGCUGAUCGUCAAGUACGACUUGAGUGUUCUGCAGGCAAAUGCGGCAGUGUGGAAUGGAAAUGAUGGCAGCGGCUUCGCCUUCGUCAUGUACUACGAGGCUCCGACGAAGACGGUAGUGCUCUCCGACGCGAGCCCUUCCUCCUUCUACCGCUCUUUCGCCUGUCCCUUGACAGUGUUAUUCAGUGCCGUGUGCAGCUGGGACAGGGUUGACCUCCGUGGGCGCGGCACGAUUCUGCUGACAACGGAGGUGACGCAGGAAUCGGUCUAUGAGGGCGCGAAGGGCUACGACAUGGCACACGCCCUCGUGCACCACCCCUUCAAGCCAAUCUUCUCAGCCGUCUUCUCUUGCCUGGCGCUCGCGUCGACGGAGAUCAUGAUGAAUAUCGAGACUCCCACGCUGCUCGGCGGCGCCCCAGUUAGCAUAGAGGAUGAGGAGAAGAGGAAGUACAGACGCUACAACAACAUUUUUUCUGCCGAGGACUUCCUUUACACUCUGCCCUCCUUCAACGUGUGUGAAUGGCGUAUGCAGUCGGUGGACAUCCAUGACAUUGUGAGCAUGGCCAACAGGGCGUUUGCAACGCUGAGGCUGCCGCUUCGCGCCGUGGAUGUUCUUCAGGAGACCGGCGCCCACACUCGCGCUGACCCGAAGGCGCUGCUGCGCGCCUGCAGCGGUGUCAACGGUGUUCUGACGAUCAUCCUCGUCACCUAUGAUACAGGUAUGCUGCACGGCGUGCCAGGGUGGUCUGCGGGCCUAGUAAAUCGUGUGCAUUUUCUCGACGACGAGAGCGGCGACGAGGAGUCAGAGGCGAAGUUGAUGGUGCCAGGCGCGCCGGAGAACAGCGCGGGCUCCGUGCAGCUUCUGGAGGGCGAUCCGUGCCGCUGGGGUGCGUGCUCCGAGUGCUCUGCAGAGGAGCUAGUGCGCGCCGUCAAGGGCAUCUAUCGUGUGGAGGAGGUCAUUGACGACGGAGCGGAUGAGUGA